GAUAAUGCUGUGCUCUCUUGAACCAGGGAAGGUUCCUAGUGAGAUGUUGUGCAAUCACUGUCCUGCUGUGGAAAAGGAAGUAUUUUAAAGUUUUUUUUUUUACCGUUGUGAAAGGAUGGGACUGGGUCAAAGAGAAAGGGGACUGUCUUCCUAAGCAAUGUGUCCCUACACUGUUUCCCUGGGUUCCAACCGGCUCUGAUCUUGCAGAUGCUGUCGUCCCAGCCUUGAACCCACCAUGCCCAUUAUCUCUGGAACCAACGACCAGGACUUUAGCAACCUGAGCCUGAGCAACGAUAGCAGCCUUAACCAGAUAAUCACCAGCACCCCGGAGACCCAAACUAUCAAGGGGGUCUACUACAAAAGAGCCCAGAGAAUAUACAACCAGGACCAGCUGUACACCAUCGACCAGAAGAAACAGAUCCUCAUCAACGUGGGAGGAAACAAAUACACCAUCCCCUGGAACGCCUUGGACGAGUUUCCGCUUACAAGACUGGGAAGGCUGAAGUUCUGCAACAGCUACGACGAGAUCAUCCAAGUGUGCGACGACUACGACAAGAAAACCAACGAGUUCUUCUUCGACCGGAACCCCUCUGCCUUCAGGAACAUUUUGAACUUCCUGGCAGCCGGGAAGCUGCGACUCCUGCGUGAAAUGUGUGCCUUGUCCUUCUAUGAGGAGAUGACCUACUGGGGCCUGGAGGUGACCAACAUGGAGCGCUGCUGCAAGAGGAAGCUCUACACAAGGCUAGAGGACGUGGCUGGGAUCAAGAGGAAGGAGGAGGCUCGGAGGUACAAGAAGAAGGAGCACGUCCUGGUGGAAUCCACCAGAUCUGGGAUUUAUAUGAACAAGCUGAGGAACAUGGUGGAGAACCCUCAGUCUGGUCUCCCGGGGAAGGUGUUUGCUUGCCUUUCCAUCUUUUUUGUAGCCACCACAGUUAUAAGCCUUUGCAUCAGCACCAUGCCGGACUUCAGAGAAGAGGAGGAGAGGGGCGAAUGUUCUCAGAAGUGCUUCUACAUAUUCAUCGUGGAGACGGUCUGUGUGGGCUGGUUCUCCCUGGAAUUUGUUCUCCGCUUCAUUCAGGCCAGGAGCAAGCUGGAUUUCAUUCAAGGGCCGCUGAACAUCAUUGACGGCAUGGCCAUCUUGCCCUACUACGUCUCCCUGGUAGUGGGGGACGAGCAGGAGACAAAGGACAGGCCCGGAGGGAAGGGCUACCUGGAGAAGGUGAGUCUGGUGCUGAGACUCCUUCGGGGGUUGAGGAUUUUGUAUGUCAUGAGGCUGGCCCGACACUCCCUGGGACUGCAGACCCUGGGCCUGACCGUGAGGCGCAGCAUAAGGGAAUUUGGGCUGCUGCUGCUCUUCCUAUGUGUGGCCGUCACUCUCUACUCCCCCUUGGUGUUCCUGGCAGAGAGUGAGAUGACCAAGGGGCAAGACUUCACCAGCAUCCCAGCUUCCUAUUGGUGGGCCAUCAUCUCCAUGACAACGGUUGGUUACGGGGAUAUGGUUCCAAGGAGUAUUGCGGGCCAGGUGGUGGCGCUAAGCAGCAUUUUGAGUGGGAUUUUAAUCAUGGCGUUUCCUGCCACCUCUAUCUUCCACAUGUUCUCCAGAUCAUACAUUGACCUGAAGGUGGAGCAGGAGAGGUUAUUGAAGGAAGAGAGAUGCGAGGCGAAGAAUGAAAUGUUUAAUGAGGCAGAUAGUUUAGAGUCUGAUGAAUCAGACUCCCUGGUGGAAUACAACAGUAUUGGGGAAAGAAACUGACUAGGAACUUGCUUUGUAAAGGGAACAGUUUGAAAAUCUGGCCUACACUGUGUAUAGCGAUUUUUAUAUUGAGAAUGACAUUACAAGAUGUAACUCAUACCUGAUUGGAGGAAUAUUAUCUGAUAUUAUUAUGAUAGAAAAUAUUCACAGACAAAAAUAAGCUUAACCAUUAAAUCCAGCUAAGAUGUAUGCAGAUAUAUAGUUUAAUAUUGUCUGUUAAUAAAAGAUAGCCUUAACAUUUCCAGCUGAUUUAAAAACCUUAUGAGACCACCUGUGAAAUAUUCCACUGUGAGUUUAAAAUAUAAUAUUUGCUGAAAUGAACUAUUAAUUUUCCAUAGCAGACUUUUAACUUUAAUCUGUUCAACACCUAUUGCUUCCUUGAGACUUGCAAUAAAGAAUGUACAUUAGCCAGAAAACAAAUAUUUCAGACACUUGAUGAUGAAAUGGUUUGCUAUGAAUUCAAGGCAGUCAAGACAUUAUAUAUGCAACACCACCAGCAGAGAUAAUGGUCACCAUAGGGUGAAAGUAGCAGAGCUACCUGGAAUCGAGGUAGUAUGUUUGCAAGAGUAAAACUACUUUCCAAAGAUUUUCCAGAUUUUUGGAGCACAGCUACACCGACUGAUUCCUGAAAUAUUUCCAUGGUUUGGGUAGAACUAGGUUUAGCUUGUCCAGUGUUGAAAUUUUCUUUGUACUGGGCCACUGAAUUUUCAGCAUUUUCCACUGAAUUUUCCAUGGACUAUCACAUAAACUAAUUGGCUAUUUUUAUGCUGAGUGUUUGUGAUUUUCUCUGUCAAAAUCCUAGAUGGAAUCCAACCACAUUUGUGUUUUGACUCAGUUUCAAUCAAAAGAGUCUGUGGGAUUGUAGGCUGCAAACAAAGGUUUCAUACAGUAUUUGCAGGGAAGGAAAGGGUUAGUUAGCGAAACUAUAUUUUUAAGGCAAACAGAUAUUGUUCUAUAAACCUCCACAUUAAAACAAGUUUUAUUUUCCCUCAAACAUUUAAGAACAUAUCCAUACAUCUCCAUGCACACAGGGAUGACUCUCCGUGGGAAUCCAUGUGUUUAAAUAGAAAAAUAAAGUACACCAUCUUGUGAUAUGCAUUCUCUGCGGAGGUAAAGUGUAAGAUGGGGUACCAAUAGAACAUCUUUGCACAUGGCUGUGGGUUCUACUUUCUCUUUUUUUUGUGUUGUUGAAUCGUUGCACACGGCUUUAACGCAACUUAUAUAGUGGGUCAUAUCACAUAAACCUGUAAUCACUGCAGAACAGGAUUUUCAUUACUUUUGUCUACUUUUGUUUUUCUGUGUAACAUUUGCCCUGUUAUUGGUAAAAUAACGGAUCAUUUCCUUGGUAAUAUUUUUUUAGGUUUUUUUAGUAAAAGUAAAAUAAAGAUUGACCUGAACUGUUGAAAAAGCAUUUGAAUGUGUUUAAAGUGCACUUUGAACAACGGUACUUCUGAAAAAUCAAUG